AUGGCCCCUCCACGACCACCGCAGCUACUGCGUCUGGUUGUGGUUGGUGGAGGAGGAGUGGGGAAAAGUGCGCUCACGAUACAAUUUAUACAGCAAUAUUUCGUCACUGACUACGAUCCGACCAUCGAGGAUUCGUAUACAAAACAGUGCUUUGUCGAUGAUGAUAUUGUCAAAUUAGAGGUAUUGGACACAGCCGGUCAAGAAGAGUUCAGCACAAUGCGCGAGCAAUAUUUGCGAACGGGAAACGGUUUUCUCAUCAUUUUUGCGGUCACCGAUCGAAACAGUUUUGAUGAGGUUCGUCGAUUGCACAAGAUGAUCACUCGAAUCAAGGAUCGAGAUGAAUUCCCGAUCAUUCUCAUCGGAAAUAAAGCCGACUUGGAUUACGAGAGACAUGUAUCACGCGAAGAAGGGGAAAAUCUGGCUCGAGAAUUGGGAACACCGUAUUUGGAGUGUUCGGCGAAAGUGAGACUCAAUGUCGACAAAGCUUUUCAUGAUCUUGUACGGAUAGUCAGAAAAUAUCAACAACUCGAUCGUCAACCAAUCAAUCCACACUCCUCAAAUGAUCAUCAUCCAGAUUCCAGGAAUUUGGGUGGAAAAAGGAAAAAGAAAAACAAUUGUGGAAUACAG